GAGUGAUGGCUGCUCGGGGACUGCUGGCCAAUCCAGCCCUGUUUGCAGGCUACGAGUGCACCCCUUUGAAGUGUGUGUGGGACUGGGUGGACAUUGCCUUGGAACAUGGGACUCCUUUUACAUGCUUCCACCAUCACCUAAUGUACAUGUUGGAACGGAUCAGCUCUCAGCCAGAGAGGAUAUGGCUCCUUAUACAGAGAGCAGGGGGUCUUUUCUACUGACAGGCGUCAUCCCGACCGCGCUACGCUAGCCAGGAAGUUGCGCAGCGAACAACAUGCUGCGCCAAUGCGCCGUGGCCGCAGUAGAGAGCGCGACGGCGUGGUGCUGAGAGCGGGUCUCCGAUUGGACGCUGUAGCUGUUUUAGCCCUGCUGUUUAUUUUCGUACCACAGCGUCAUGGACUUGUUCGAAAGUGGCAAAGUUGUGAGAGUUUGCGCCCCAAUGGUCCGCUACUCGAAGCUGUCUUUCAGGUGUCUGGUGCGGAAAUAUGGCUGUGACAUGUGUUUCACGCCUAUGAUAGUUGCAGCAGAUUUCAUGCGUUCUGUAAAAGCCAGGGACAGUGAAUUCACCACUAACAGCUCUGAUCGACCUUUGAUCAUCCAAUUUGCUGCAAAAGAUGCUCAGACACUGGCAGAUGCUGCUUGUGUGGUUGCGCCCUUCUCUGAUGGUGUGGAUCUGAAUUGCGGCUGCCCUCAGAGGUGGGCUGUGGCAGAGGGCUAUGGGGCAUGUUUGAUUAAUAAACCACAGCUAGUGAAAGACAUGGUGAGACACGUGAAAAACCAAGUAGAGAAGCCCAACUAUGCAGUGUCCAUUAAGAUAAGAAUUCACAAGGACUUGAGGAAGACUGUGGACCUUUGUCAGAAGGUGGAGGCAGCAGGGGUGUCGUGGAUCACAGUCCAUGGGCGGACACCCGAGGAGAGGCAUCAACCAGUGCACUACGAUGCCAUCAAGACUAUUAAGGAUAGUCUGUCUAUUCCAGUCAUCGCCAACGGUGAUAUCAAGAACCUUCAAGAUGUGGAGUCCAUACACCAGCUCACUGGUGUGGAUGGUAUGCCUACUGAGAUGACUUUGCAGUGGACUGCAGUGGCUUUGUUCCUCUACGUUGAGAUCGGAAUCCUUGUUAUCCUCUGUCUGCCUUUCAUCUCGCCUCAGAGAUGGCAGAAGAUUUUCAACCUGAGCAUAUGGAACAGUAUUGGCCAUUUCUGGAACAAAGGAUUCCUGGCGAUGAUCAUCAUCCUCAUUGUUCUUUUUCUAGAUGCUGUGAGGGAGGUUAGGAAGUACUCUGGAACUCAGCCCAGUAAAGAAGCCAUGCCUAGCAUGUAUGAUCACUUGCAUAUGAAGCUUUUCAGAGCCCAGAGGAACCUGUACAUCUCUGGUUUCACCCUCUUCCUGUGGCUGGUCAUGCGACGAGUGAUCAUGCUGAUAAAUCAGCUGGCUGUGGCUAACAACACCAGCAAAGCUCUUCAUGCCCAGACAGAGGCAGCUAAUCAGGCUGCCAGGCAGUAUAUGGAAGACAUUGAGCAGCUCAAGCAGGCUCUUACAGAUGAUGCAGAGGGGGGAAACCGUGGACAGAAGAAUGAGCUUCUCAGAAAGGAGGUGCAGAAACUAACAGAGGAACUGAAGAUAUCUGAUGAAGCUCUGAAAAAGUCCACGUCAGAAGUUCAAGUCAUGAAGAAGCAGACAGAGAGCCUGACCAAAGAGUAUGACCGUUUACUUCAAGAGCACCAGAAAUUGCAGAAUCAGAUGGAGAUUGGCAAUAAGAAAGAUAUGUGAGCAAACCAGUCAGCUGGAAAACGGCACCAAAGUCAUCAUGGCACUACCCACUUUCCCCCAGGGAAUGGGAAUGUACAGUUUUACAUGGUGUUAAUUACAGCAAAUGUAGACUUUUUGGAGUUAAUUCCUUGGAUUUUUUUUCACAAUUUCUGCAUAAAUAAAUGCUUGAAAUCUAAAGUCACUUAGAGUGGGUUGAUGUAAAAUUCUCAAUUCUAAAUUGUCCACAGUGGUAGCAGUAAGAACCAGACAUCUCAAGAGUUUAACGUUUCUAAAAGCUCCUUCACAGAAACGGUAAAUGGUUUCAGAUGUCAGAUUUCAAAGACACUGGUUUUAUGAUGGUUUUGAGAAGGAUUUGUCCUCUAACAUGUUAAUAAAGACUCCAUCCAUGGUGGAGAGGCACAUUCAGGGUGCUGUAGGGCAACAUGGCACCCCCAAAAAAGCAUGUUUUUAAGAUUUAUCACUGUUCUUCAGUUGUCAAUGUUAAAUCUAAAAAUGUAGAAAGCACAUGUAGGUGCACUGGUGGUUUUAUAAUAAAUAAAAUGGAAACAUUUGUGUUGUAGACAUCACGACUUCCGUUUUUUAUCACCACCACUGUAAAGAAAGUACAAGUGGGUGUGUUUCCUCUACAGUGAUCCAGUUUGCCCCAAAACACCCUGAAUUCUUUGAUCACUUUUUGGUGGAAUUUCUGUUUAAAUACAACACAAAAACGUGUUGUCCUUGACGGAAUGCACAGAGUUCUUUUUUAACUUGGCUGUUUUGAAAGUGUAGGUACAAAAGUGAUGCUGGAUGUAAUCUUUGAUACAUUUAAAUGUAUAGGUUCUGUUUGAUGCAUGUUUUCAGGUUGUUUUUUUGUUUUCUCAGCAUAAAUCCUAGGAAAAGACUCAUUGCCAAAGUCAAAGGAAAUCAAAUAGAGUUACUACUUCAAUGGUUUGAGUUCAUCUUUUUAUAUUUGUGUAAUGGAGUUUUUUUAAUGGUUGUAAAACAAAGCAGCAAUUCCCAGUAAGAGUUGUUUUUAAUGAACUUUAAUUAAGAUGAAACUAUAUGUACAGGUACAACAAAUAAACAUCACAAUGAAACCAUU